CAUCGACAAUUUUAUAGCUUAGUAUAAGCGACCUUAAAAUUUACUGUUGUGCAAAUAAAUAAUAGCUAAAAGAAACAGAACCUCAUGAAAUUUCUCAAAACACUGGAGAAUUUUAUCCGCUCGGCAACUGCUACGCGUUUCAAAAGGUUCAAGAACUCUGCUAAAAAAUAUCUUCCGAAUACACACGGUUUAGUUGCUAGUGAUCCCAGAGUCACUUUGACUAACGAACUUUGCAAGAACCACUUAAUAAUACCAGAUAAAUUGACACUAUUACACAAGUGUAGGAGCGGGUCGUCUUUACCAAUUAUGGCAAUACCACAACACAAGAGCUUACGACAUGCUCAAACCCAACAUAGUGCGGAACCUCUAGACUUAGAUAAUAUUUUUCUGCACAAGGCAAUGCUCAAAGAGGAAUUAAAGAAAAGCGAUGAACAAUGCACGUGGUUUUACGAUGUAGACCCAUCACUAUUGUCAACUACCAAUGAUCAGUUCUUGUCAUCAAAAGCUGGUGACGGCCAACAUAAGCAGAUUCUUGAGAAACGAAAGCCAGAUAAUGCAGAGCAUUUAAUUACUUCGAAGAAGCCUAAAUUGGAAUCCAACGAUAAUGAAAAGUACGAGGAGACAUCUUAUUACAUGGAAAAUGAUCUGCGUAAGGUGUAUCCUUACCUAUUUACAUUCACAACAUACACGAAGGGACGAUGGGUAGGCGAAAAAAUUUUGGAAGUGUUCGCGCGUGAGUUUCGAGCGCAACCAGAAGAGGAAUAUAAACGUUCUAUAGAGGUUGGCACACUAACAGUUAAUCAUGAAAAAGUGCCUAUAGAUUAUCGGCUUAAGCAUAACGAUUUGCUGGCCAAUACUGUGCAUAGACAUGAAGUUCCAGUCACAUCGCAGCCCAUUAAGAUAGUACACAUGGAUAAAGACAUAAUUGUUGUUAAUAAGCCACCAUCUAUACCAGUGCACCCUUGUGGGCGAUAUCGACAUAAUACUGUGGUUUUUAUUCUUGCCAAGGAAUUUAACUUGAGGAACUUACGUACAAUCCACCGUUUAGACAGGCUUACAUCAGGACUUUUACUAUUUGGAAGAACUCCAAACAAAGCCCGCCAACUUGAGCAGCAAAUAAGGAAUAGACAAGUACAGAAGGAAUAUGUUUGUCGAGUCGAAGGAAACUUUCCAGAUUUUUCUUGUAGUGGCGUGGUUGAGUGUAAGGAACCCAUUGCAGUAGUGAGCUACAAGAUUGGUGUGUGCAAAGUAUCACCCACAGGGAAGGACUGUCAAACGACAUUUGAAAAGAUAUCACAAGUUGGAAACUGGAGCAUUAUUCUCUGCAAGCCACUAACGGGACGAAUGCAUCAGAUUAGAGUACACUUGCAGUUUCUGGGUUAUCCAAUCGCCAAUGAUCCGUUAUAUAAUCACACAGUGUUUGGAUGUUUAAAGGGGCGAGGCGGUGAUAUAGGUGGAAAAAGCGACGAAGAGCUAAUUAAUGAUCUGAUCCAUGUUCACAACGCUGAAAAUUGGUUAGGUAUUGAUACAGACUCGGAUUUACCAGUUGUGAACUCUGUUGAGGGUGCUAAUUCUUCCAACGGAGAAUCUGCAAUCUUCAAUCCUAAUAUCCCUGUUAGUAAUUCAAAUGACUUAGACGCAGCAAAUCUAGACUCUUCCAAGCUCCAGACUACCAAUAAAAAGCCGGUCGCUGUAUCAAGUCAAACUGGCCUUGAGGUACCAGACCAAUACUUUGAUCCAAAUAAAAUGACAACACACCCCCAUUGUAACGAGUGUAAGAUUAACUAUCGGGAUCCCACCCCAAAGGAACUUAGUAUGUAUUUACAUGCUUGGAAAUAUAAGGGUCCCGGGUGGGAGUACGAAACUGAUUUACCGGAUUGGGCCUCGCCAAAUUGGACUGAAAGUACCUAGCUUGCUUUAUUGUAUUAAAUUUUUAAUACAAUAAAUUAUUGUAGGCUUUUCAAAAUAACUUCGAACUCUUUAUUAGUAAUAAGUUUACGAUAGAUCAUGUAAGUAAUAAACCCAAUUUUUUGUUUA